AUGAGGCUCCUGCGCGCCUCGCUGCCCGCGCGCGCCGCCUUGCGCGCCUCGUCCCUCGUCCACUCGGCCGCCUCGUCGUCCUCGCCUGCGGCCACAAAGCCCUACAACCCGCCGUCCCCUUACCCAAACACGCCCCUCCAGCCUCACCCGCACUCGCUCCCCGUCGACGGCUUUGUCGGCGCAAUCGGCAACACCCCGCUCAUCCGCAUCAACUCGCUCAGCGACGAGACCGGGUGCGAGAUCCUCGGCAAGGCCGAGUUCAUGAAUCCGGGCGGGUCGGUCAAGGACCGCGCAGCGCUCGGCCUCGUCCUCUGGGCCGAGAAGACGGGGCGGAUCCAGCCGGGCGGCACCAUCGUCGAGGGCACGGCGGGCAACACGGGCAUUGGCCUCGCGCACGUGUGUCGCGCGAGGGGCUACAAGUGCGUCAUCUACAUGCCAAACACCCAGAGCCAGGAGAAGAUCGACCUACUGCGCAUGCUCGGCGCAGAGGUGUACCCGGUCCCAGCCGUCGCGUUCGAGAACCCGGAGAACUACAACCACCAGGCAAAACGCCACGCCGAGCGCCUCGACAACGCCGCAUGGUGCGGCAACCGCGCUGCGCACAUCCACACGACGGGCCCCGAGAUCCACGCCCAAACCUCGUCCCUCCCGGGUGGGCUCCAGGCCUUUAUCUGCGCGACGGGCACGGGCGGCACGCUCGCGGGCGUCACGCGCGCGCUCAAGGACCUGAGCGGCGGGCGGACCCAGUGCUGGUUGGCCGACCCGCCCGGGAGCGUGCUCGAGAGCUGGAUCAACAGGGGAAAGAUGGAGAGGGGCGGGUCGAGCAUCACCGAGGGCAUCGGCCAAGGCCGCGUGACCGACAACCUCGCGCAGGACAUUGCCCUCCUCGACGGCGCGUUCACGGUCCCGGACGGCGACACGAUCCGCAUGGUGUACCACCUCCUCGAUCGCGAUGGGUUGUACGUCGGCGCGAGCACGGCCCUCAACGUCGUCGCCGCCAAGCAGCUCGCGGUCAAGCUCGGAAAGGGGAGCAGGGUCGUCACCAUCUUGUGCGACGGCGCGUACCGGUACCAGUCGCGCCUCUUCUCCAAGAAGUGGCUCGAGAGCAAGGGCCUGUACGACGAGAUCCCGGCCGAGCUCCAGAAGUACGUCGUCCUGCCGUAG